UAUGCCUUCGCAAAACAUUUCAAGCUAUAUCACUCCCUUUUCGUCAGUUCCCAGUCCACAUUCAUAGAGAUCGAACGUACUCGGCAAAAGUUUUAAGGACGCAAAAUUAAAUGUUCUUUCGGCCAACAAAGAAGAAUGCAUUCAAAUCGAGAUCUUCACAUCCGAAAAGGAUACUCUUGGCCGGAACUGGGAAAGUCUGAGGCCCGUUGUCCAUUUUGCACUUUUAAUAAGAAAUUGAUAUCGAGUGUGCAGGCGGAAGGCGUGGAGAAGCUAUCAAGACAUGAGGCAAACGGAAAACCUAAUAAAAUAAAACCGGAGGUACCCCCAAAACCAAAGCGAAAGCUGGACUUGGUGGUCACAGAAAAUCAGAAGAUAAUACCAUCAUCAGAGACCAAGAACGAAGCAGUGAUGAUUCCAAAACAAGGUGUUAAACUAGAGGUUAGGCCGGAGGAAAUUUCACAGACCAAACCGGAGGUUAUUAUGCAGAAUGGGCCGGAUGUUAAGUCACUGACCAAAACAGAGGUUAAAGAAGGACAAGUUCGUAGGUCAGAGCCAGAGCAAAGACCGCUAGAUUAUCCCAGAGUUGAACCAGCAGAUAAGCUAGUUUUAUUUCCACUGGCCAAUCCUGAGGUUAAGUCGCCGACAAAACCUGAUGAAGUAACUUUAACCAAAUCGAAGGUUAUACUGCAUACCAACACAAGGGUUAUAAGGCAGAACAGUGAGGUUGUUAUUCCAACGUCUGGGAAUAAAGCUGAAGGAGAAGAUAAGCCUACCCGAACGGUGAGGGUUAGUUUUCAGGCUACUUUGCAGGUUAGAAGACUGACUAAGGAAUAUGUUACUUUUAAGGCAGAACCACAACCUAAACCAGAGGUUAUAAGGCAGACUGGUGGAGCUUGUGUUUUAACGCCUAAAUCAGACGUGGAACCCAACCAAGACAUGAUAUUUAAACGAAAUACUAUACCGUUUUCCGAAACGCAGGUUAAAUUGCAUCCUCAAAACGUAGCUACCUCUAUGGCAGGGAAUAAACUUAUGCCAGCUGCUAUACCACAAGUUAUAAGGCAGGCUGAUGAAGUUAACUUUCCUAAACCUAAAGUUGAAGCAACGCAAGGGAUAAAAGGUGAUGCCCAUGCUACACCAGUGCUUUUACCACUAAGCAAACCAGAGGUUAAAAUGCAGCCUAAAGAGUUGGUUAUCCCAAAGCCAGAGAAUAAACCUGAACAAGGAGCUGAACCCAGCCAAUGUAGGGACUUCGUUAAGACAGAAAAUAAUAUCAAAUUGAAAGCUAAGUUGAACCAAGAGGUAAAUUUUAAACCACAGCUUAUUCCAGAUGUUUUUUCGCUAAGCAAACCAGAGGUUAUACUGCAGUCUAAUGAGGUUAUUUCCAAGCUAGAGAACAUAUUUAAACAAAAAGCUGAAGAAAGUCAAGGAACUGAUAUCCCAAAGGAAAUAAACAAUACUAAAUUAGAACCUAAAUUAAACAAAGAGGUUAGUUUUAACCGACGGUUUGUUCCAGAUGUUCUUUCCCUUGCGAAGCCAGAGGUUAAAAUGCAGUCUAAGUCUAAACUUAACUCUGAACCAAGCCUAGACACUGAAAUCCCAAAUGCGAAUAAGAUCAAACUAAAAUCAAAAUGGGAAAAAGAGUUUAAACUAGAUGUCCUAACCCUAACAGAACAAGAGUCUCAAGUUGAACCAGAUAAAAAGAUGAUUUUGAAACCUAAAUUGAAGGAAGAAGUAUAUUUAAGACGCCAGUUUAUGCCAGAUGUUUUGCCGCUGACCAAACCGGAGGUUAUAUUGCAGUCUAAAAAGGUUGUUUUCUCUAAGCCAGAGAAUAAUUUUAAACUAAUUGCUGAACCAAGCCAAGAGACUGGUACCCCAAAGGCAUAUGAAAAUGUUAAAUCAGAAGCUAAACUAAAUGAAGAAGAGUUUUGUAAGCCAAGGUUUGUACCGGAUGUUCUCUCACUUACCAAACCAGAUGUUAAAAUGCAGUCAAAUGAGGUGGGUUUGUCUAAGCCAGAGCAUAAUUUUAAACUAAUUGCUGGACCAAGGGAAAAGACUGAUAUCCCCAAGUCAGAUAAAAGGACGAAUUUAGGAACUAAGUUAAAUGAAGAAGUAUAUUUUAAACGUCGGUUUGAACUAGAUGUUCCCUUACUUUCCAAACCAGAGGUUAAAAUGCAGUCAAAAGACGAGGUUUUGUCUAAGCCAGAGAAUAGAUUUAAACUUAAAGCUGUAACAGGUAAAAGGACUAUUUCUAAACCAGAAAACAGGUGUAAAGCAGAGGCAGACUUGAACCAAGAGGUAAUUUUUAAGAGAAGGUUUAAGGCAGAAAUCCACUCGCUAGGCAAACCAGAUGUUAUAAUGCAGUCCAAAGAGAUUAUCCCUAACGUAGAAAAUAAAAUUCAACGAAAGGCUAAGCCAAGCCAAUUAGAAGACGAGUUGAACCAAGAGGACAUUUUCAAACCAGAGGUUGCAGUCCAGAGUCAGGACAACCCAGCAGAUAAACCCAGUCAAGAACCCGAAUCAAACCGGUGUAUAUGCGAGGUUUGGGAUAUGUUUAAGACAACGGGUAGAAUCCAUCCGGAGGACGAGGCCAAGUUGCAGGCUCAUGUGGCCACCUACGACUACUCCGAUGUCGGGAACAUAGAUUUGUCGCAUGAGGAAUCAGAUGAGUUUUUGCUGGUCCACAAAGCCAAGUUCUACCUUGACCAGCGGUACACAGAGCGAAUCUUCUGCGAGUUGGAGAGGAUGCGCCAUGAAAUGCGGAUCUUCAACGAGACGACGACGCGCCAGAUAAACGAGGACCUGGAUAAGUGGUUCAGGGACAAGGCUCGCUGGGCCCGCGAGUUUCGCCUUUAAAAAUAAACUCUUUUCCGUUUGCCAAA